CGUAGAUAUUAGGCUUGGAUUUACACGAUGCGGCCAGCUGGAAGCCGCUGCAGGUUUGCCCUCUCGCACCCACUACCACCACUAUGAAGCGGAUCCUCCACACUCUACUGCACCAGCUCACCCUACAUACACACCUACAUGCCCACCACCUCACGUGGUUUGGCUCGUCUAUACUACCUACUAAUACUACUAGUAGUAAGCGAUCAACGAGCGAGCGACUGAGGUGUGUGUGUAUGGGCUACCGCAUAUACAUACAUCUAAAAAACGAGAUCAGCAUCAUGGGGUGGAAAUCGAAAAGUGGAUGGAUGACCACGGAAAGUCGCAUAUAGUAAAGACGGAUUACAUAGGUCCAGUGGUCCACGCCCGUCGCCCAAGUUUACGCUCGCGGCAGCAUCGUAACUACUAUAGGCAUGCGCGGUAAUGUGGGUGGAUGGCCUCAUAGGUAGAUGGAUGGUCUCAUAGAUGGAUGGUCUCAUGGAUGGGUGCGUGGAUGGAUGCGUGAAUGCGAACGGACUGACGGCGGAAGCCGCUACCUCGCUCGGGCGAGAAUCACAGAAUCACUGGUUGGGUUUUUCGUAUUCGCACUCGUUCCGUUCUCCGUUUUCCCUUCUGGUACAUUCAUGCGUAAAUAAGAACUUAGAUAGGUAGUGGUAGGUAGUGGUAGGUAGUUGUAGG